GGCGGCGGCAGGCGGGCGGGGGCCCCGGGCCGGCGGGGGGCGCCCCGGGCCCGCUCGGCGCCGCGCCGCGCCAUGGCCCAGCAGCAGGUGAGCAGCUCGCAGAAGGCGCUGAUGCUGGAGCUGAAGUCGCUGCAGGAGGAGCCGGUGGAGGGCUUCCGCAUCACCCUGGUGGACGAGUCCGACCUCUACAACUGGGAGGUGGCGAUCUUCGGGCCCCCCAACACCCUCUACGAGGGCGGCUACUUCAAGGCUCACAUUAAAUUUCCUAUCGACUAUCCAUAUUCACCGCCUACCUUCAGAUUCCUGACCAAAAUGUGGCACCCCAACAUUUAUGAGAAUGGAGAUGUAUGUAUUUCAAUUCUUCACCCACCUGUAGAUGACCCACAAAGUGGAGAACUGCCAUCUGAAAGGUGGAACCCCACCCAGAAUGUCAGGACUAUCCUACUGAGUGUAAUCUCCUUGCUUAAUGAGCCCAACACCUUUUCUCCAGCCAACGUGGAUGCAUCAGUCAUGUUCAGGAAAUGGAGGGACAGUAAAGGAAAAGACAAAGAGUAUGCUGAAAUUAUUAGGAAACAGGUUUUGGCUACUAAGGCUGAGGCAGAAAAGGAUGGUGUGAAGGUCCCCACUACACUGGCAGAGUACUGCAUCAAAACUAAAGUGCCUUCCAAUGACAACAGUUCAGAUUUGCUUUAUGACGACUUGUACGAUGACGACAUUGAUGAUGAAGACGAGGAGGAGGAAGAUGCCGAGUGUUACGAUGAUGAUGAUUCUGGCAAUGAAGAGUCGUGACCUGCUCCCUACAUGCCCCUGUACUGCCCUGCCGACUCAGGCCAAAAGGGAGCAAUGGUAACCUAGCAACAGUCCAGCAAAAAAUACACAGGGGAAAUCAACAACAAACUCUUGUCUCCUGCUCUACGGAUCUCUGUUUGCUCUUUUUUUAUGGACCUCUUAGAGAGAGAGAGAGAGAGAGAGACCCUUCACAGAAUGUCUGAAUUCUUGCAUUCUUAACCCUUUCAUCACUGUAUUAUUUCUUUAAGAAAGAAACUCCCCCUCGCGUCUCUACGAAAUGUUCACAGUGAAACAGGUUUGGUCUGUGUUUAAAUAUUUUAAUUAAACACAGUCUUGCAUCGAGAUGUUUAAUGUAUUUAAAGCUGGAAUGAACCCAUUGGAAGUUGGGUCCUUGGGAGUUCAGAAGUGCUGCAUUUACUGGGAAGAAAAAACAAAAAAAACCACACAAAAAAGCAAAUUGCCAAGGUUUAGCUGCUCCAUUUACAAUAAUAGCGUGUGCACAUUUGUGUAGCUUUGUGGUGGUGGUUUUUUCCUUUUUUUCAAGGCUUGGGGUGGAGAGUGUAAGCUACUGUGUUGAGCUUGAUGGAACAUGUUACUGAAAGGUACAGUAUUCCUUUUCGACCUGUUCUAGUUAGGAGGUAGGUAGCCCCUGGAGCCUUGCGCCCAGAGGGCAGAAUCAGCUGCCUUUUUACAAAAUGUAUGAUAUGAACCCUAAAAUAAACACUUAACACUUCACAUCUGUACAACUGAGCCCUGGGUGACUAUUAUUUUUUCAGACUGGUUGGGGUUUAGAAUCACUAUGCAGUUUGUUAAAUGCUGCUGAGAUCUGCUGCUGGCUCCCAUUGUUGGGAGGGAAUCAUGAAAAUACCAACUUAAAUCCUCUCCUUCAGAAUGCAGAGUUGGCCCCCUUAAAAGUGGUGGCAGGUUCAAUCUGCCAGUAUUAGCCCUAGGAGCAUGUGUUCAGUGUCUAGAAUCUGCCGUUUUCAAUAAGCUACUAUACCUCUGGAGAGUCUAGUCUGUGCAUUAAUCGUAGCUGCCAGUUGCUCUUCUCUGCACCCUGAAUGCCUACUGUUGACUUUUAGCAUCUUCCUUUUUGUUUAAAUGGGUAAGACUAGCUGUGGGUUGGCAAAUGAUAGCGCCUCCCGAGACUUGCUGCUGUAGAUUGUGAGCCUUGAGGCAGAAUCCAAAAUUCCCUUGCGCAACACAAUGCACUCACAAGAACUAGAAAUACCAGUCUGGCCUUCCCCAAGCUUACCCGUGGACAGACUUUCUGAAUUGACUGUCAAACCAAGACUGUCCUCAUUACUGGAGAGGGAAAGGGGAUCCUGAUAAGCUUUGCUAUGGUCACAUAGCUCCCAAAUGCUGAUGCCAGCUUGUUCAUGGCUGAAGAGCUGUGUCAAAGAAGUGCAUGAACCCAGAUGGCUGAAGGGAGCUCUGUGAACCAGGGUUAGAAAUAGCUGCUGCUAGGCUUUCAGCAUGUUAAUUGGGUGGUGUGCAAAGUUCAGGCAGUUCAGCAGCUCAAAAACCUCCUGCAUGUGCUGGGGCGCUUUUAGCAGAAGAUCAGACCUAUCAUCCUCAACAGUCCAGCAGAAUUUGAUUGCCAUCACAAAUCCAUUGUAAAGCACUCUUGUGAUUUGGCUGCAGUGUGGCACCCUGAGUUGGCCUUUAGGACUACUUUUUGCCGACUGGUUAGGACAGCAUUUCAAGUGUACUGAGUCUCUCAUCACUUCAAAACCUACUCUAGUGGAGUGACUCGUAGCCUGUGUGAUGCUGUUCUGGCUUCAGUGGGAGUUUUGCUUAUGUGGGGGGAGUAAGACCCUGAGAGGCUCCUUUAAUGACAUCGUGGUUGCCCCCUUGCCCUCAGGGUUUCCAGUAGCAUAUCACUACCUCUCACUAACCCUGCCUCCUCAAAGUUGACUAGCUUGGGAAGCCUUCUGUUAAUAAAGUGAAAGCUGGGAGUGCUGGAUCUGUGAGCACAAAGGCUGUGACUUCCUGUCUCAGAAGAGGGUAUGUGUCCCCUGGGGGUGGGAGCUGAUUUCUUAUUU